CACACACACAUGCUCGCAGACCUCUGAGUCAAUCCAUGCAAGACAUCCAGAGCCUCCACAGAAGAGAAUCAAUGUCUACCGACGCCCCGAUGAACGCGACACACACCACCAUCUACCCCAGCGACGGCAUGCGAGUCCUGCAGAUGAUCGUGACCGUGGCGAUCUUCAUCGUGGGCGUUUCUCUGAACGGUCUGGUGGUCUGGGCGUUGGGGGUUCGAGUUUGGUGCCGGAAUAAAGGAGCAAGCCGCGAGACGCAAAGCGCCGACAGCUUUCGGAUUUACGUCGUGAACCUGGCGCUUGCGGACUUGGUGCUGCUGUUGCGUACGCCACUAAUGCUACCGUACUUAGCGAACCACUUCACUUGGACAUUAGGGGAGCCCGUAUGUAAGCUGGUUAUUUACUUGCGCUGUCUUGGAUUGUACGCGAGCGCGUUCUUGCUGUGCGCCGUCGCGGUGGAGCGUUGCUUGUGUCUGCUGAGACCAGUUUGGGCGCGAUUGAAACGCCCUCGGUGGGCCGUGCCGUUAGCAUGCGCUGCCAUAUGGGUGUUAGCCGCGGCAUUCGCGGCACCUUACAUUAGCACGGCUAAAAUCAUUCUCUGGGAGAACCGUACGGCAUGCAUUGAAAGCGAAAUGGGAGUAGGACAAGCUUUAAUAGUUGUGGAAACCGUAGCAGGAUUCUUGCUACCACUUGUGAUCUUCUUGUCUUGCAAUAUAGCAGUGGUUUUUUGCGCGAAGAAGGCCGAAGGCGCCGUGUCUUCGCCAACCUCGUCAUCUGGACCGAGUUACACAUCCCAGCGUUUGACUCGUCUCUACCGGGUCCUCUUCCUCACAAUGCUCCUCUUUCUGACUUGUUGGGUCCCUUACUUUACAUGCCGCUUUUUAAGGGCUCUUACAUACGAUCGGCCGGACUGGAAGAAGGUCAGAGAGGGAGCGAUUGGAGGCGCUUACGUAGCGCUAUUUCUAGUGUACAUAAAAAGUGCGCUCAAUCCCGUCAUGUACGUGUUCGCGGCUCGAGGACUCGGACGCACCGUUCGUGCGUCACUUCUCUCCACGAUCGAGCGAGUCUUCAAUGAGGAAUUAUCCGAGUCUUUACGAAGAAAGUCUUUGCGGAGGAGAGACUCUCAGUUUUAGUGGAGCUUCAAGAGGCCGAUCUGUACGACAAAAAUUGGAUAACCAACCAGGGGUGUGUUUCCCGAAAGCAUCGUUAGCCAAAGUAUGGUCACAAGUUCUGUCGUUAUCAUCAGUUCAGCGAGUCGGUGUUUCCCGAAACCAUCGUUCCCACGAACAUUCGCAAACAGAAUCGCAAAGUUGUGUGUGUGAGCGACAGAUCUCGAGCUGCGGUCA